CACAUACAACAGUGAAACAUGUUUCUUCGUGAAACACACGAAAAACGCAGUCUUCAAUCGGGCAACACGGCGAGUGGUGAAUUUAUGGAGUGGUGGAAAAUCCGUCCUGAGUGCAUGUUGAACCGCCAGAGGGCCAGUUGACUUGACAAAAAUAACACUUUUUUGUAGGUAAAAUAAAAUUUAGCAAUAGGAGCUAGUAGAGAAUGCCGCUGCCACUUAUUAUGCAGAACGCCGUGGAGCCGAUGCAGGUGGACGUGGAGGCGGUGGACAACGAAAAUCACGAAGAGGACACUUACGUGGUGGAGAAUCCGACACUGGAUCUCGAGGUGUACGCAAACUCCUACACCGGCCUGGCCAAGUCCUACCGCCUCAUGUUCAUCGCCGACCACUGUCCGUCGCUGCGCCUGGAGGCGCUCAAGAUGGCCAUCAGCUACGUCACCACCACAUACAACGUGAGUCUGUAUCAGUUGCUGCACAAGAAGCUGGCCGACAUGAAUCUGGCGGCGUCGCUGCCGGACGUGGCGGCGCAGGGCGCGGCGGCCGGCGCCCCCAGUCAGGACAUACCCACCUUCGACACACUCUGGGCGGACACGAAGAGCAAAAAGGCGGCGCUGAAGCUGGAGAAGCUGGACAAUGAUCUGAAGAACUAUCGCAGCAACUCGAUCAAGGAGAGCAUCAGGCGCGGCCACGACGACCUGGGCGAUCACUAUCUCAACUGCGGCGAUCUGUCCAAUGCCCUCAAGUGCUACUCACGCGCCCGCGACUACUGCACGAGCGGCAAGCACGUGGUGAACAUGUGUCUCAAUGUGAUCAAGGUGUCCAUUUACCUGCAGAACUGGUCGCACGUCCUCAGCUACGUGUCCAAGGCCGAGAGCACGCCCGACUUCGCCGAGGGCUGCUCCAAGGAUGCCAACCAGGCCGUCGUGACGCGCCUCAAGUGCGCCGCCGGCCUGGCGGAGUUGGCCACGAAGAAGUACAAAUCGGCCGCCAAGCACUUCCUGCAGGCCAACUUCGACCACUGCGACUUCCCCGAGAUGAUCUCCAGCAGCAAUGUGGCCAUGUACGGCGGCCUGUGCGCCCUGGCCACCUUCGAUCGCCAGGAGCUGCAGAAGAACGUCAUCUCGUCGUCGUCGUUCAAGCUGUUCCUGGAGCUGGAGCCGCAGCUGCGCGACAUCAUCUUCAAGUUCUACGAGAGCAAGUAUGCGUCGUGUCUGCGCCUCCUGGACGAGAUACGCGACAAUCUGCUGCUGGACAUGUACAUUGCGCCCCACAUCAAUGCCCUGUACACGCAGAUCCGCAACAGGGCGCUGAUCCAGUACUUCAGCCCGUACUUGUCCGCCGACCUGCGGAAGAUGGCCACGGCGUUCAAUCGCACGGUGGCGGCGCUGGAGAAUGAGGUGAUGCAGCUGAUCCUGGACGGGCAGAUUCAGGCGCGCAUUGAUUCGCACAACAAGAUUCUUUACGCCAAGGAUGCGGAUCAGCGCAGCUCCACGUUCGAGAAGGCAAUCAAUGUGGGCAAGGAGUAUCAGAGGAGGACGCGAAUGCUGAUCCUCCGGGCGGCGAUGCUCAAGAUUCAGAUUCACGUGAAGGAUUUUGUGCUGACGCAGAAUCAACCCCGUGAUAGUGGAAACCACACUGCGGAGAUUUGCGUGGCUUCGGGAUCCAGCAACACAUCCACGAAUGCCGUGAGUGGCGGAGGACUUCGCAACUGAGCAUCCUGCGUGCGCGCGACAAGGAGAGACACUGAAGAAGAUGCACAUUGAAUUAAAAAGAAGAGGACGAAGAGAGAGAUUA